UUUCUUAUUGAUCACCCCUCGUAUGUACAUGAUUGCCAGCACCAGCUGAUUAAAAGAGCACGUCACGUGGGUCGAAACUUAUUAUAUAAGGAUACGUAUAUUAUAUACUUCAUUACGUGAAAUACAACGAUACGAUGAUGGAUCAGUUAGCUAAAGAGGAAAUUCUCGGAAGCUCAGGAAAUGCAGAUACACACACUAUGAAUGCAACAGCAACCUCGGCCAAAUACUGCUGUAUCACCGCUACAGUCGUUCUCCUCUCCAUGCUAUUCAUGCCGUUUUUUCUACUCUACUGCCUUCUAUGCCCAGAAUAUUUCCGAGAGUAUGCCCGGUUGCUUAUUGCCAUGAGUGCUGGAACAGCUGCCCUAGUUACCCCUUGGGAUCCUAAGACAAGAAAGGUUUUAAACUUGGCGGAUAACAAUGACUCUAUGUGUGGAUCGUCAUAUACGCUUUAUUCUGAAAGUACCGGCAUAACAGCAAGCCCUCUGAACAUUAUACCAACUAAUAAGGACAUGAAGGAUGGCGAAACAUCAUCCAGUGGCUAUUCUUCAAACGAAGGACACUCAACCGGCCGGUCUAAUGGAUCGGCUAAGACAACGCAUGAGGUGCUGAAAGUGGAUGAUAAUAGAGAUGCAUUCGAUGAAUUUGAACGUGAACUUGAUGCCAUUGGUAAUGACACCAAUGGCACACGGACUCAAAGGGAAUCGAUCAGUGUUAUCCAAAUUUCAUAACGAUUCAGGCAUGUAGCCAGGAGGUUCUUUCAGAGGCUUGCAGUUUUCACCAUUCUGGGCACUUUUUCAAGUGAUUUUUGGGCCAAAGUUGUCCAAUGUAAACCGCCUAAAUUUUGGGGGGAAAGUGACUUCCUCUUGGCAAAAACUGGCUACUUGUCUGAUUAGAUUAGAUUAGUUUUUACAUGAUCAUGUUUUGAAUCAAAAGCCUCGGAGGCUGUAAACUGUAGAUGAAACGCGACUCUUUAAAAGGGUUGUUUUUCUAGAAGGACGAAGGGUGACAUUUUGGAGGUUAAGCUAAACGUUUCCGAGAGAACCUGUACGUGAUAUCAUGAGCGCCGUAGAAUUAAGGUCCACCUGGGAUUAGUUCUCGGAGUGUUUAUUUGCCCGAUUGAGUAUAAAGGUAUAAGGAAAACAGUUCUCUUGAAAAUAGUUCUCUUGAAAACAUGUAGCUUAACGU